AUGGGCCCCUGUACCGCCUCCUCAUGCUGCUGCCAGGCCCGUAAUCUGCCAUGGGCCCCCGUACCUACUCCUCAUGCUGCUGCCAGGCCCGUAAUCUGUCAUGGGCCCCUGUACCGCCUCCUCCUCAUGCUGCUGCCAGGUCCAGAGUGUGUCAUGGGUCCCUGUACGGCCUCCCAUUGCUGCUGUCUCCAUCGCCACACUCUGCCAUGUGCCACUUUCAGGUCUCCUCACACUGCUGGUGGUUUCCAUUUUUGUCAUAGGGUGCUGUAUGGCCUCCCAUUGCUGCUGCCUCCACCGCCACACUGUGGCUCCACACUCUGGUUUUGGCCCCGUGACUGCCCAAAUGAGUGAAGUGUGCGGUGAUUCUAAGAUCGACGGCACUCAUCUGCAUGUCAUACUGACUGUCAGUAUUAUUUCUCUUCCCCAGCAGACUCCAAGGGCAUUUAAAUUAAAGGUACAGUGUUCUGCACUAAUAUAA